UAAUGAAUAAGGGUUGGGAAGUUGAUGAAGAUUAGUCUUUAGAUCACUUUCUAUCUCUUACUGAAUGUUUAGUUAUUAAGAAUUAGGUUGUUGAUAAACCUACUGUCUCAGCAAAGAUUUCUCCCAAAUCUAAAAUGCGAUUUAGAACAUCAUCGAUGCCAAAAGUUGAAGAGUUCAUUGAACCUAAAAAAGAAAUAGUGUAGCAAAUAUAGGAUAUCUAAAUAAAACAAUAGCCAAUCAAAACACAGUCAAGACAGCAAAUCAAAUAGUCAAGGCCUCUGGAUUCUCGAAUAACUAUAAGAUCUACAUUAUUUUAGAAUCCAAUAGAAAAGGAGCCCCCAAUCAAAUUGGGAAGAACUUUAUAACCUAAAUUUUUCAAUCCAUUAUUAAGAGAGUAAUAACAUAAGCUUGGUCUAUCUCGAAAACUUAAAAGUAUGAACAACAUCUUUAAUGAUGAACGUAUAACUUACAAGCGUGAUUUCAGUUAUUUAAAAUAAUAGAGAUCCAAUAUAGUAUAUGUAGCUCUCUCGAAAUGA